AUGCUCGUCUCGCUGACCGUCGGCAAGGUCGACGCCGGCGUCGCCGUGCUCCUCACCGAGGACAAGCGCCUCAUCGAGUUCCCGUCCAUCCUGCUGCCGCCCGACAUCUCGUCCGGCAGCAUCGUCGACAUCGACGUCGCGCGCAACAUCAAGGCCGAGACGGACGCCGCCACCGCCUUUCACGAGCUGCAGUCGGACAUCUUCCGCACCUUUGGCCAGCGCACGCCCUCGGCCCCCGUCCUGCGCUGCCGCAAUGCCACGCAGACAUCGGUCGUGCUCGAGUGGGACCCCAUCGACGUGGCCACGGCCGAGCUGCGCAGCCUCACCCUGUACCGCAAUGGCAACAAGGCCGGCACCAUUCCCAACCCCCGCGACGUCCAGAGCACCAAGUUGAGCGGCCUGGGCGUCGACACGGAAUACGUCUUCCACCUCGUCCUCAAGACCAGCGCCGGCACCUUCAGCAGCGAAAAGCUCACCGUCCAGACCCACAAGAUGACGGACCUGUCGGGCAUCACAAUCACCCCCGGCCACAUGCCCUCGGCCCUGCGCGAGUCGCUGCAACGCUCCAUCGACCGCAUUGGCGCAAAGUUGGCCGACACGGUGCGCAUCGACACGACGCACUUUGUCUGCACAGAGGGACGCGGGCCUGCCUGGGAGAAGGCCGUCGAGAACAACAUCCCCGUCGUGGUCCCCGACUGGGUCAUUGGCUGCGAGAGGGACGGCAGGAUUGUCGGUGUUAGGGGUUACUAUCUGAACGCCGACCCCCGCUUACGGACAGUCGGCCAAGGAGGAGCAUCGACACCACAGCAGCAACAGCAGCAGCAGCCACAACAACAGCAACAGCAACAACAACAACAACAACAACAACAACAACAACAACAACAACAGCAGCAGCAGCAGCAGCCACAGCCACCACAACAGCCACAAGCACAGCCACAGCCGCCGCAAAUCAGAAGUCCCAUCCAGAGCCCGCGCACCGAAGUCACACCACCGACGCCCGAACGACCAACACGAGACCGCGAGUCAGAUAGCGCACCACCGCCUCCACCACCCCCCAAAGACGAUGCGAGUGAAAGAAGCGUCUCGCCCGCACCAGAACCGAAGACCCAGCCAGAACACGACGAGCAAAAAGCCAAGCCCGAGGACCUCAAGCCUCAACCGGGCAAGGCGGACGAGGAGGAGGUAGACUCAGAGGACGAGCAGCCUGCGGGCGGGGAGGUGAAGGAGCUGGAGGCAGGGCUACCGAGUAGACCGAAACCUACAGUCGAGGACGACGAGGACGGAGACGAUGGAGCGAGUUUCCAGGAGGUGGCAUUGUAG